UCCCAAAAGUUAAUAACCUUUUCCACAUUUUCACGAUAAAAAUCAAAAUAAAACAAGUCAACAUCUCCACUUCUGCUCAUUUCACUUCACUCACUGCCAUUUCCUAUUCAUGAUUAGCACGUGAUUUCAUCUCUCCGGUGAACGGCAAUGUCUCCGGCCAUCACAUUACCGCUCUCUCACUCCAAACUCUCAUUCUCACUCCCAUCCCUCACCCCUCCUCCAUUCACCGCCACCAAUGUCACCUUCCGAACUCCCCGGCCUUCUAGCCAAUCACUCUCGGCCACGUCAGCUUCCGCAUCCUCCACCACCACUACCACCGUAACUACCAUCCCAACCUCCGACACUCCAAACACAAACGCAACAACCGCCUUCGUUAUCCACGCGCGUAACCGAAUCGGACUCCUCCAGGUCAUUACACGUGUAUUCAAGAUCCUCGGCCUCCGUAUCGAGAAAGCUACUGUCGACUUCUCCGGUGAGUAUUUCACAAAAACGUUCCACGUCACUGAUUCGCACGGUAAUUCAAUCGACGACGCUGAUAGCGUGGAGAAGAUCAAGAAUGCUUUGAUUGAUGCGAUUGACGGUGGAGAUGGAGUCAGUGAGUCUGUUAAGGUAGGGUCCACCUCUCAGACAGGAGUAACGGUGAGGCGGAGGCUCGGCACUGGCGGUAGUGAAGGUAAAGUGGAGCGGAUGUUCGGGUUAAUGGAUCGGUUUUUGAAAAACGAUCCGAUUAGUUUACAGAAAGAUAUUUUGGAUCACGUGGAGUAUACUGUUGCCAGGUCACGUUUUAGCUUUGACGAUUUUGAAGCUUAUCAGGCUUUAGCUCAUAGUGUGAGAGAUCGGUUAAUUGAAAGGUGGCAUGAUACACAAUUAUAUUUCAAGAGGAAAGAUCCUAAGCGUAUUUAUUUUCUCUCGCUUGAGUAUCUUAUGGGUAGGUCAUUGUCGAAUAGUGUUAUUAAUCUCGGCAUUCGAGACCAGUAUGCAGAUGCAUUGUCUCAGCUUGGUUUCGACUUUGAAGUUGUUGCAGAGCAGGAAGGGGAUGCUGCUCUUGGUAAUGGUGGGCUUGCUCGUCUUUCAGCUUGUCAAAUGGAUUCCUUAGCAACAUUAGACUACCCUGCGUGGGGGUAUGGGUUACGCUACCAGUAUGGGCUGUUCCGUCAGGUCAUAUUGGACGGAUAUCAGCAUGAACAACCUGAUUACUGGUUAAAUUUUGGAAAUCCUUGGGAGAUUGAACGGAUCCAUGUCACCUAUCCUGUGAAGUUCUAUGGAAGUGUUGAAGAGGGAGAUUUCAAUGGAGAAAAAUGUAAAGUUUGGGUCCCCAAAGAAACGGUUGAGGCUGUAGCCUAUGACAAUCCAAUACCUGGCUAUGGGACAAGGAAUACUAUUACUCUUCGCCUUUGGGCUGCUAAACCCAGUGAUCAAAUUGAUAUGGAGUCAUUUAACACUGGAGAUUACAUAAACGCUGUUGUCAAUAGACAGAAGGCAGAAACCAUAAGCAGCGUUUUGUACCCUGACGACCGUUCAUACCAGGGGAAGGAAUUACGAUUGAAACAACAGUAUUUUUUCGUCUCUGCUUCAUUGCAAGACAUUAUUCGGAGGUUUAAAGACACUCACAGCAACUUCGAUGACUUUCCAGAAAAGGUCGCCCUGCAGUUGAGUGAUACUCACCCAUCUCUUGCGGUAGCUGAGGUCAUGAGAGUGCUUGUUGAUGAAGAGCAUUUAAGUUGGAGCAGAGCAUGGAACAUUGUGUGCAAAAUUUUCUCUUUCACGACCCACACAGUAUUGCCUGAGAACCUGGAGAAAAUUCCUGUUGAUUUGCUGGAGAGUCUUCUGCCACGCCAUUUACAAAUUAUUUAUAAAAUAAAUUAUAAUUUCAUUGAGGAAUUGAAGAAGAGAAUCGGUCUAGACUACGACCGACUUUCCAGGAUGUCAAUUGUUGAGGAAGGUGCUGUGAAGAGUAUUCGGAUGGCAAAUCUAUCAGUUGUCAGCGCUCACUCUGUGAAUGGCGUUUCUAAAGCACAUGCGGAGAUGUUAAAAACAAGAGUAUUUAAGGACUUCUAUGAGCUGUGGCCUCACAAAUUUGAUUACAAGACAAAUGGAGUAACUCAGCGUCGCUGGAUUGUGGUAAGCAACCCAAGUUUAUGUGCUGUUAUCACGAAAUGGCUUGGAACAGAAGGUUGGAUACGUGACAUGGACCUUUUAGCGGGCCUGAAAGAGCAUGCAACAAAUGCUGAACUACAUCAAGACUGGAAGAUGGUUAGGAAGGUUAAUAAAAUGAGGCUUGCAGAGUAUAUAGAAGCAAUGAGUGGGGUCAAGGUCAGCGUGGAUGCAAUGUUUGACGUGCAGAUAAAGAGAAUUCAUGAGUACAAAAGACAGUUUCUCAAUAUUCUUGGCAUUAUCCAUAGAUAUGAUUGCAUCAAGAACAUGGAGAAGAAUGAGAGGAGUAAUGUUGUCCCUCGUGUCUGCAUAAUUGGAGGAAAAGCAGCACCUGGUUAUGAAAUUGCAAAGAAGAUUAUCAAACUUUGUCAUGCUGUAGCAGAAAAAAUUAACAAUGAUCCAGAUGUUGGUGAUCUUUUAAAGUUGGUUUUUAUCCCUGAUUACAAUGUUUCUGUUGCUGAACUGGUAAUACCAGGGGCUGACCUUUCACAGCACAUAAGCACUUCUGGCCAUGAGGCAUCAGGAACUAGCUGCAUGAAAUUUUUGAUGAACGGGUGUUUACUUCUAGCUACACCAGAUGGUUCUACAGUUGAAAUUAUUGAAGAAAUAGGCGCAGAGAAUAUGUUUUUGUUCGGUGCAAAAAUACACGAGGUUCCAGUUUUGCGGGAGAAAGGACCUGCCCUUAAAGUACCUCUUCAAUUUGCUCGUGUUGUGAGAAUGAUACGAAAUGGCUAUUUUGGCUUGGAAGACUAUUUUAAACCACUAUGCGACAGUGUGGAAAAUGGCGGCGACUUCUACCUUUUAGGUUCUGAUUUCGAGAGCUAUCUAGAGGCACAGGCUGCUGCUGAUAAAGCAUACGUUGAUCAAGAGAAGUGGACUCAAAUGAGCAUUCUUAGCACGGCUGGGUCGGGACGAUUUAGCAGUGAUCGAACAAUUGAAGAAUAUGCCGAAAAAUCUUGGGGAAUUGAAUCCUGUAGAUGCCCCAACUAAUCUUCCAAUAGAAAUUAGAGAGGAGACAAAAUUUUAGCAAAUUUUGUUAUGCAGUGGGUCAAGUUUAGCGCAGUAGUCACAAAUAAAGUGGUGGUCUAUUGGGACUGAAGAACUUGAAAAUAAAGGUCAAACAAAUGUACUAUAGUAUCAUUAUCAUUCAAAUAAAAGUCGAAUUGUAUAAUCUUAAUUAUAUACUUUUGUGCACUGGAAAUAAAUUGAACUUUUUUGAACCA